AUGAGAACUAUGUCAACAAACCAUUAUUGCCAAGUUUUCAGCGACUAUAUAUUUGCCUUGAUGCUUCCAAGAAUUAAAAAUGUUUUGGAAAGACAAAUUGAAAUAUCAAGGUUUUAUAUGGCUAGGCUUGCUGGUGAGGUGAUUUAUGAAGUAAGGCACGUCAAUAUGACUCGAGACAAAUUCACUGUUGACCUCAAGCAGAAGGAAUGCUCUUGUAGGAGUUACAUGCUCACUGACACUCCAUGCUACCAUGCAAUUGCAUGCAUCCAAAGUAGAGCCGAAGACCUUACAAAUUACAUUCCUACCAUGUAUAGGAAGAAAACUUACCAGGCUUGCUACAGACCUAUCAUCUACUCAACCAAUGGUGACGACUUAUGGGAAGAGACCCCAUACCUCAACAUACUCCCACCACCAUCAAGAAUAACACUAGGGAAACCUAAAAGAAAAAGGAACAAAUAUGAUGAUGAGAAGACAAAAGAUACAACAACUAUUAGUAGGAAAUGGUUUCCAAAUAAAUGCUCAGUGUGUGGUAAAUCUGGCCACAACAAAGCCUCCUAUCCAAUUGCACCAAAACCAACUACACCAUCCAAACCUGCAACAUCCAAACCUGUACCAUCCCAACCUACACCAUCUCAAACACAACAAACCAUAAAACUUCAAACUAUACUAUCACCAAGGAGAACCCAACACACAAUUUCACAAUCCCAACUAUAA